AGACCCAGGGCUGCUGGCAGAGGUCGGGAGUGGCGAUUCCACCUAACCUGGGUCAGUGACCUCUGAAACCCCACGUGGACCACCUUAGGACAAGAUUGCGGUGUCUGCCCCUUCUCCUUUGGGAGGGGGGUUCUUUUUGUGUCUGGCUGUUGAGGGAGACCGUGUGACCAAGGCCACGUGACCUGAUGCAGAUUUAAAAGUCCGUCUUACCAGCAAGAAUAGACAGCUGCGUAGAAAGCGCUUCCUUUCACCCGGCCAACCCUUGCCUCCCUGUAAUGUGUCCUCAUUGGCCUGCCUCAGUCAUCUGGAGAGACAUACAAGAUGCAGAGAGAAAGGGAGAGAGCAGCCCAGCUGAGCCCCUCUUCCGGAGAUGAAGCCUUAGUUUUAAGACAGAAGCCUUCACAGAUGCAAGCCCUGGAGGAGGAGGAGGAGGAGGAGGACAGUGUUAGUCUGCAGCAGUGGAAAGCGCAGCAGCUGCAGCGCCUGGCUGAGGAGUUGAAGGCAGAGUGGCAGGAGGCCCGGCUGCAGCAGGCCCGACAAGCCAAGCGCCUCUACUUAGCGCACCUGUUGGACGAGGCGGCCGAGCGGGCUGUGGGAAACAACCCCAGCGUGGAUGAACAGAACCAGAGAGGAACAGCAAAACACACGAGGGCUAAAGAGAGAAACCGAGCAGCAUUCAGAGAGGAGAAGGGUCGCAGGGGGGAGCAUCCCAGACAGCACCCCAAGUCCCGGAAGAAGGCACCAUGCUCAAAGAGACGGAGUUCUGCCAAAGCUCGGGGCCCAGCCUCUGGUGAGAAGGGUAAAGGGAGACGGGUGUCUUCAAGUAAGAGCCAUGGUGGCUACCAGGGCCCUCGGGUGACCAGAAAGGUUAACGUGGCAAAACGCAACACAUUCUUUGAUGGAGAAACUGACUUUGUGGAGGAAGUACAGAAGGAAUGCCCCUGGGAGGGGAGGCGGCCCUCAGCAAGGGGGACUCGAUUUGCUCAUAACCUCAAGGCCCAGAGUCUGCAGGAUGAAACACCAGCCCUUGCUCAGCCCUUGCCCCUUGGCCCCGCCUUCAAACAAGGGCCUGCAGCCCAGGCGCCCCCAGGCAAGUACAACAAGAAUCUGUGGCACAAAGAAAUAGAAUCUACCUUUGAAGAAUUGUUUAACACAAACAGGAAGCUGAAGAAACAUCUGAAUUUGCACCUCGAACAGAGACUCAAGGUGGACCAGAAUCCAGAGGAGCACCAGAGCUACUCAGAGAUUCGGAGUGAGAACUUUGGCACCCUGAGAGAGGAGAGUCCGGAAGAGGCAGAAACCGCCGAGGAGUCUGGGAGCCCAAGGGAGGUGGAGACCCCUGAGACAUGGUCCAAAGCCAAUCUGAAACAGAUACUGAGUGACGCAGAGUACCCCAGGUACCAACAGAUGGCAAAGUACCCAUUAAAGAGUGAAAGCCUUGUGCCUGUCAAGGCAGGGACAUCCAGAAAACAAGACGACUUAUUCUCACUAAGCCCAGAGUCUGAUCAGGAGCCACCCAAGUCCCCGGCGGUGGAAGACGAAAGUCUCAAGCCUUACCUGCAGAAACAGGCAGACUCUGUAGCAAGCUGGAUGGCUUUGAGGCAAAAGCAGAAGGCGGAGUUGGAACAGAGAAGACAAAAGACACUUUUGGAGCUGACAGAACACCCCAACAUGAGCUUGGAGAUCCAUUACAAGGCUGAGCUGGAAGAAGAACGCCGGGCGCGCAGACGGAUGCGCUUGGCUCUCCUCAGAUCUAAUUCCACCGGGAUCCCGCCCCCGGCCCCUGACCGAAAUAUUUCCCUGGAUAGCGGCCUUCUCGACGAGGACAAACAGAACCAGAUGAUCCGAGACCUUCAGCAGCAGAUCUUAGAGCAAAACAAGUUACACCAGGAGUUUUUGGAAAAAGCCAGGAAACGCUUGCAAGAGUUUCAAAAAUCAUUUUAAAAGCAGACCCACCCACGAUAAAUAGAUCCCUGAUGGCUGCUUUGCCUGUACCAUG